AUACGAAAAGGCAGGCAAUAGCGAUACUGGAAGAUUGGAACAAUGGCUACAGCUAUCCGAUACUUCGAUAACUCUGGAGCAGACUGAUUCUAGCGAAAAGGCUAUAUAUGCAAAGACACUUGCAAUGAGAACAUCGAAAUGAUGACAGGCAUCAUUCCCCAUACACUUGAAAUAGAAUCUGCAUCAAUAUGUUUGCCUUUAGACGUGCAGUAUACGUAAUUGCUAGGCGCUCGUAUGCGACCUCACCAUUGGCUUCCAAAUUCAAGAUCAAUGGUGAUCGGCUUUGGAACGACAUUCACGAGACCGCUAAAUGGAGCGCUCCAUCUCCUGGCGGAGUUACACGUCUGUGUGCGGACGAAAAUGACAAAAUGGUCAGAGAUUGGUUUCGCGAGCAAGUUAUUGCGUUAGGCGCUGACUACAAGGUAAACGCAACGGGUACUCAAAUAGCGCUGUUUGACGGAGAUGAUAACUCGAUCCCUCCUAUUGCUAUGGGAUCACACCUGGACACUGUUGCUACCGGAGGAAAGUUUGAUGGACCCUUAGGCGUUAUAGGAGCACUUGAGGUUCUCCGUAGUAUGAAAGAGCAAAGCAUCAAGACUAGAGCUCCCUUGGUUUUGAUCAACUGGACUAAUGAGGAGGGCGCACGAUUCUUCCCACUUCUUGGGUCAUCCUGUGUAUAUGCUGGACAAUCGACAGUUGAAGCUGCCCACGCCUCAAUCUCGACAGAUAACUCAUCAUUGACGAUGGGUGGGGAGUUAGCUAAGAUAGGAUAUGUAGGAGACGGUCCAAAUUAUUUUGACGAGUUUCCUAUCUCGGGACAUUUUGAAAUUCAUGUCGAGCAACAUACGGACCUCGAAAAGGCAGGCAAGCCUGUGGGAUGGGUUGAGGGAUGGCAAGGCAUGACAUGGUAUAAUGUGGUUUUUCAUGGCGAUGAUGGCCAUGCUAACACGAAACCAAUGUGGGGUCGCAGAGACACACUUGCAGCGUCGGCCGAACUCAUCACGGUGUUGGAGAAACUAGCGUACGAAAUGAAUGGUUAUACCACUACCACCGGAAUUCACUCUCAUCCAUUCGGAAGCUGCAACAUACAAUCUAAGACAAAAGUAAUAUUCUGCUUGAUGCACAAGGAGGCCGAAGGUCUAGAGGGCAUGGGUAAGGCAAUUGAGAACCGAAUUGCUAGCAUUGCUGGACAACGGGGCCUGGAAUUUGAACUGGAACGCGACAUACACCUUCCGCCCGGGGAUUUCUGGUCAGAAGCCAUUGCUUGCGUUCGAGACGCCUGUGGUGACAAGGGUAUUGCAUCUCGAACUGGUACAGGGCAUGAUUCAACUAUGACCACAACGAAGGUACCAACAGCCAUGGUCUUCGUAAGAGCCAAGGAUGGCAUAAGUCACUCUCCCAAGGAAUGGAGCGACAAGGAAGACUGUGCAGAAGGAGCGCUUGUCUUGGGCAAGGCUGUCCUCAAUUUUGACGAGCUGCUCAAGCAGAAAGCCGCUGGGCUUCAUGUCUGAAAUACAGGUCCCUCAACAUUAGACAAACAAACUAGAUUUCCUGAGAAUGGAUAUAUGUGCUAGUGAAAGUCCUC